AUCAUUAUUUCGUUUACAGCUCGAUACUUCAUUUUCAUCAGGAAAAACGGUUGCAUCACAGAGAAAUGAAGUCGACGCGGUCGUAUACGGAGUGUUCGGUAUUGGGAUUGUUCGCUUUGGUGCUGAAUUUUGGAUCGAGUUACGGUGCUCAGUAUAACACACUUACAUCGAAGCGACAGACUUUAUGUCCUCCAAAUACAGAAUGCCAACCUCUUUCUACAUGCCCCAUGCUCAAUAAUGUACUAAACAACGAAUGUGUUCUAAGAAAUAGGAUAGACAACUUGAGCUGUGGCUACCAAGGAUCAGGACUUGUAUGCUGCCCAAAUGUUCCUUACACUCCUAAUAGAAACUUCAACGAUAGGAGUUUUACCUCCAGUAACACAGUAGAUGGUACCAGAUGUGGAAUAUCUCAAGUAUUAGGAGAAAGCUACAAUGGUAUUGGAGCCUACCCUUGGGUAGCUAGGAUUGGCUUCAAAAGUACUAUAACUGGAGAGACUAAAUAUCCUUGUGCUGGAUCCAUAAUAAACAAUAGGAUAAUACUUACAGCAGCUCAUUGUGCUUUAGCUAAAGCUGAGAACUAUAAGUUGUUCAAUGUAAGGGUUGGAGAAUAUUCCACAAAAACCGAAAUCGAUUGUGGUCAAGAAUUUUGUGGCUUGCCUGUUCAGGACAUGUCCAUAAGCCAUAUCAUCGUGCAUCCUGGCUAUGACAAGCGAACCUUCAAAGACAACGUGGCUCUGAUAGUUUUGAGGAACAAAAUAAAUUACACAGUGACUGCCCAGCCAAUUUGUCUACCGGAUUCGUGGUCCCCUUCGAACAACAAUGGUAUUUUGGUAGGAUGGGGCAAAACUGCAGUGCAAACAGAGACUCCAGACUAUCAGCAAGUCCUUCGUUUACCAAUCAUAAGUAUCAAUAAAUGUUAUACUGUUUAUGGUAAGACUCUGCCAGUAACUGACGAUCAAAUAUGCGCUGGAGGUGAAUAUGGAAAAGAUGCAUGCAGUGGAUUUGGUGGUUCUCCAUUAUUGGUACAACAAGGAGAAACUUAUUAUCAGGUUGGCAUACUAUCAUUUGGUUCUGAUCAAUGUGGUGCUGGAGGAGUACCAAGUGUCUACACAAAUGUCAAAAAAUACGUUGACUGGAUCAAAGAAAAUACACCAGUGAUCUAUGAUAACUAAAUUCAAUUUUUUUCGAUGUUUUGAAAACACAAAUGAACUAGUGUUUCCGUGAAUAAUUAAUAAGUAAUGUUGAAUUUGUAGAUUGUAUAUAGCUAGAUAUAAUUUUGUAUCUUUCCAAGUAAAUUUUUUAUCGAUAUACUGCUCGUAAUGAAGAUUGUAAGCUGAUUCGUGCUAAGAAUAAAAUUUUUAUCUACCAUUCAACUUCA